GAGAGCCCAAAGUGCCCAGAAAGUGCCCAAAUCGCGAUGUCGAAUAUCACGUUCGGGGGCGUGCAGCCCGGCGUCGUGCUCUUCCUGAUCUUACAGAUAAUUCUGAUUUUAUUGUUCGGCUUGUUUGUGGAUUACCACCCCAGCGCACUGCCGGAGAAAAAUGGAGCUCCCAAGGAGGCCGAUCACCAUGGGAAUCAGAUGGACAGCUAUGCCAUGUUUCAGGAUGUGCAUGUCAUGAUAUUCGUGGGCUUCGGGUUCCUGAUGACGUUCCUGAAACGAUAUGGCUACAGCUCAGUGGGUUUCAAUCUAUUAGUGGCAGCCCUCGUAGUACAAUGGGCAGUUCUCUGUAGAGGAUACUUCGAAUUGGAAGAUGGAAAAAUCAGAUUAGGUUUACGAGACUUAAUCGGCGCGGACGUAGCAGCUGCCAGCGUCCUAAUAUCGAUGGGGGCGUUGCUCGGACGGACGACGUGGGUGCAACUGCUGCUCAUGGGUUUUAUUGAAAUUCUAAUUUUCUCGGCUAAUGAAUAUCUCCAGGUCGAGGUGUUUCAGAUUACUGAUGCAGGUGGUUCAAUAGUUGUCCAUGCAUUUGGAGCAUACUUUGGAUUAGCAGUAAGUUUCAUGUUACGACCAUCGAAAACAGUUCCAUCAAAAUUAGAAGGACCCAGCUAUAAUUCUGAUAUGUUCGCCAUGAUUGGAACGCUUUUCCUGUGGCUGUUUUGGCCAAGUUUCAACUCAGCAUUCAUAUCAGGUGAGGGACAACACCGCGCGGUUAUCAAUACAUAUUUAUCGCUAGCUGCCGCCACCGUCACGGCGUUCUGCAUAUCGGCGGCGGUUACGCACGCCAAGAAGUUCGACAUGGUCCACAUCCAGAAUUCAACGUUGGCCGGCGGCGUCGCCGUGGGCUCCAUUUGUAACCUGAUUAUUCACCCGUUCGGCGCCAUGGUUACCGGAACGCUUGCCGGAAUUCUAAGCGUGCUGGGAUAUGAAUAUUUAACGCCAAUAAUUUCCAGAAAAUUGCGCAUACAAGAUACGUGUGGUGUGCACAACCUUCACGGUAUGCCUGCGGUAUUAUCAGUUUUGAGUGCAGUUUUUGCUGCAAUUGCGACAAAAGAUGAAUAUUCCAAUUCCUUAUAUAGUAUUUUUCCGGCAAUGCAACAACUAAACGGAACAUCUGCCGAAUCUACAGAAACCAUUGAUAAUGGAGUUACUAUCGCCAUGGUCCGAUCCGGAACUACUCAGGCGGGCUAUCAAUUACUGGCUUUGGGUCUAACAGUAUUAAUCGCCAUCGUCAGUGGACUUGUAACAGGCAAGUUAAACCUCUUAUUCAAUUAUUUUGAUGUCGAUUACACCCUAUAA